AUGUUCAAUAGCUUUCUUUGGGUCUAUAAUGAAUUACCAUCUGUUUUAAAUAGUGAUCAAAGACAAAAUUAUUUGUUAAUUAAUUAUAGUGAAUUAGAACAAUUAACUGCAUAUUUAAAAUCUUUUCACGAUGUCAUUGAAAAACUUAGUUGUGAUCAAUCACCAACAAUCCACCUGGUUAUUCCUUAUAAACAAUUGUUAUUAAACCGAUCAAACAGAAAUGAUGAUGAUUAUCAAGAUUUAAUACAGUUAAAACGUUAUAUGUCAAAAUAUUUAAAAGAAUAUUGGAUUAUAUAUGAUAUACAUUUUAUUGCAAUGUUGUUGCAUCCGAAUUUAAAGAGCUUUAAACUUGCACCAGGUAAAAAAGAACAUGCAAUUGAAUUAUUAAAAGUGGAACUUGAUAAAUUAAUGGAUACUGCUGCAAAACAAUCAAUUCAAUCACCAAUGACAAAUAAUAAAGAUAAAAAUAAAGUGAGAAGAAAUAUUCAUUCAAUUAAUUCAUUAGAUGAAAUAUUCGAUGUACCUGGUGAUGAUGAAGAGAAUAUACAACAACAACCAAUUGAAAAAACAGAACUGAUCAAUAUUUAG